AUGAAGGAACCGUGUAAAGCAGGUGCUCCCAAACCUUUUCUGUUGUUUAUUGAGAUAACCUAUUUUAAAUACACCACCAGCUUCAUUCUGUUGUUUAUUGAGAUAACCUAUAUUAAAUAUGCUGUGACACCAAGCCCCUCCUCCUUCUAUGCUGUGACACCAAGCCCCUCCUCCUUCUAUGCUGUGACACCAAGCCCCUCCUCCUUCUGUUCUGUGACACCAAGCCCCUCCUCCUUCUGUGCUGUGACACCAAGCCCCUCCCCCCUCUAUGCUGUGACACCAAGCCCCUCCUCCUUCUGUUCUGUGACACCAAGCCCCUCCCCCUUCUGUGCUGUGACACCAAGCCCCUCCUCCUUCUGUUCUGUGACACCAAGCCCCUCCCCCUUAUGUGCUGUGACACCAAGCCCCUCCCCCUUAUGUGCUGUGACACCAAGCCCCUCCUCCUUCUGUUCUGUGACACCAAGCCCCUCCCCCUUCUGUGCUGUGACACCAAGCCCCUCCCCCUUCUGUGCUGUGACACCAAGCCCCUCCUCCUUCUGUGCUGUGACACCAAGCCCCUCCCCCUUCUGUGCUGUGACACCAAGCCCCUCCUCCUUCACUUGAUUUCAAUAUCUAAACAAAGUGAACAGGCUAUGUUGUUCAGACAGGAAGGUGUGUUCAUAACAGUGCUAUGUUGUUCAGACAGGAAGGUGUGUUCAUAACAGUGUUAUGUUGUUCAGACAGGUGGAGACAGACAGGAAGGUGUGUUCAUAACAGUGCUAUGUUGUUCAGACAGGAAGGUGUGUUCAUAACAGUGCUAUGUUGUUCAGACAGGAAGGUGUGUUCAUAACAGUUCAACGUUCCACUGUUCUGAUGUUAGCAAGCGAAUAGAUCCAAGUUGGCUAGACUUGAAAUAUAAAGUUUAGCUGGCUACUCACUAGCCCGUGGGCUUGUGCUUGGGAGAUUGUUUAUGAGACGGUGUUGAUGUUCUAUAAUGGCUGCUACAGGAAGUUGGUCAUUAUUAGUGGAUGUGCGUUAUGCAUGGUUCUGGUUACAUUUCAAUCAAUCAAUCAAUCAAAUUUGAUUUAUAAAGCCCUUUUUACAUCAGCAGGUGUCACAAAGUGCUAUACAGAAACCCAGCCUAAAACCCCAAAACAGCAAGCAAUACAGAUGUAGAAGCACGGUGGCUAGGAAAAACUCACGUGUGCUAUGACCCGUCUCUUCUCUUUGAUGAUGUGGAUCUCAUUCUGGAUCAGUUGACAGUAAUCGCCUUAGAGGUCUGGUCCAAACCCCAGACAAUCCUAACAUGGCUGUCUGACUGGUGUGGUCCAAACCCCAGAGAAUCCUAACUCCAGCCAUGCAUUGGGGGGCCCCAGCCUGACCAUGUCUCCCAGCCCGGUCCAGAUCUAGACAGUCCUUAACUCCAGCCCAGCCAAGCAUUGGGGGCUCCAGCCUCCCAGAACAUUCCUCAAGUAGUCAGCCCUAGCUCUGAAGGCUCCAGAACAUUCCUCAAGUAGUCAGUCCUAGCUCUGAAGGUUCCAGAACAUUCCUCAAGUAGUCAGCCCUAGCUCUGAAGGCUCCAGAACAUUCCUCAAGUAGUCAGCCCUAGCUCUGAAGGCUCCAGAACAUUCCUCAAGUAGUCAGCCCUAGCUCUGAAGGCUCCAGAACAUUCCUCAAGUAGUCAGCCCUAGCUCCGUAGGUUCCAGAACAUUCCUCAAGUAGUCAGCCCUAGCUCCGUAGGUUCCAGAACAUUCCUCAAGUAGUCAGCCCUAGCUCCGUAGGUUCCAGAACAUUCCUCAAGUAGUCAGUCCUAGCUCUGAAGGCUCCAGAACAUUCCUCAAGUAGUCAGCCCUAGCUCUGAAGGCUCCAGAACAUUCCUCAAGUAGUCAGCCCUAGCUCUGAAGGCUCCAGAACAUUCCUCAAGUAGUCAGCCCUAGCUCUGAAGGCUCCAGAACAUUCCUCAAGUAGUCAGCCCUAGCUAUGAAGGCUCCAGAACAUUCCUCAUCGCUGAAUUAAAUAUCCCGAUGUCACUGUUAUUUGCAUUAUUGAAAAUGAGAAAUGCAACAGUUAAGAGAUGGGAGAUUGAAAAGGUUUUAAACGCUGUGAAAUGGAAUUAGAUGGAAUUGGCUAGUUUCUGGUUGUUGUAUUAUUGUAUGAUGAACCAUGUGUCGGGCUAACGGCCAUAGUGACUGUAUGCUAGGCUAACCACCCUGGCUUCAUUCAGACAAUGAUCGUUUGAUAUAGGCCAUGAUUUAACCCUGCAGAGGACAACAUGGAGUUGACGGAUCGGUGGAUUGAUGGCUGUCAUGUGAGAAUGGAUCCUUGAUUAUUAUAAUGGGUGUCAUGUGAGAAUGGAUCCUUGAUUAUUAUAAUGGGUGUCAUGUGAGAAUGGAUCCUUGAUUAUUAUAAUAGUGUCAUAGUGAAAUUGCAUUGGUCUGAACUGUGGAUGGUUGUAAAGUGUUUUUAAUCUGGAAAAACUCUGAGCAGUAAUAUAAUGUAGUAAUGUGUCAUAUUCCCUAUAUAGUGCACUACUUUAGACCAGAGCUCUAUGACACCCUAUUCCCUAUAUAGUGCACUACUUUAGACCAGAGCCCUAUGACACCCUAUUCCCUAUAUAGUGCACUACUUUAGACCAGAGCCCUAUGACACCCUAUUCCCUAUAUAGUGCACUACUUUAGACCAGAGCCCUAUGACACCCUAUUCCCUAUAUAGUGCACUACUUUAGACCAGAGCCCUAUGACACCCUAUUCCCUAUAUAGUGCACUACUUUAGACCAGAGCCCUAUGGCACCCUAUUCCCUAUAUAGUGCACUACUUUAGACCAGAGCCCUAUGGCACCCUAUUCCCUAUAUAGUGCACUACUUUAGACCAGAGCCCUAUGACACCCUAUUCCCUAUAUAGUGCACUACUUUAGACCAGAGCCCUAUGGCACCCUAUUCCCUAUAUAGUGCACUACUUUAGACCAGAGCCCUAUGACACCCUAUUCCCUAUAUAGUACACUACUUUAGAACAGAGCCCUAUGGCACCCUAUUCCCUAUAUAGUACACUACUUUAGACCAGAGCCCUAUGACACCCUAUUCCCUAUAUAGUGCACUACUUUAGACCAGAGCCCUAUGACACCCUAUUCCCUAUAUAGUGCACUACUUUAGACCAGAGCCCUAUGACACCCUAUUCCCUAUAUAGUGCACUACUUUAGACCAGAGCCCUAUGACACCCUAUUCCCUAUAUAGUGCACUACUUUAGACCAGAGCCCUCUGGGUCCUGACCUAGGCUGUCGUAUGAGACGCAGCCCAUGUUUUCCUGCUGCCAGACACAACAACAUGUCUGCUGUCUUUUUAUUGGUCAUGUCACGGUGCCACGCCCCCUCUAAACACGUCCAGGACACACACACACACACACACACAAGGGGGCGUGUGCCACAAGGAGGGCAUGGUUUCGCCAUAUGUGUUUCUCCUUCUCAUGUCCACACGAAAAGUUGUCUUCAGUGUGACACUCUGGACACUGGGUAUGCAGACGAUGUAGGGCUGACCCGAGCCGUACCGUUAACCAGCAUCCAACAGGACACUUCCAUGGGCUUGGAGGCAGACCGUACCGUUAACCAGCAUCCAACAGGACACUUCCAUGGGCUUGGAGGCAGACCGUACCGUUAACCAGCAUCCAACAGGACACUUCCAUGGGCUUGGAGGCAGACCGUACCGUUAACCAGCAUCCAACAGGACACUUCCAUGGGCUUGGAGGCAGACCGUACCGUUAACCAGCAUCCAACAGGACACUUCCAUGGGCUUGGAGGCAGACCGUACCGUUAACCAGCAUCCAACAGGACACUUCCAUGGGCUUGGAGGCAGACCGUACCGUUAACCAGCAUCCAACAGGACACUUCCAUGGGCUUGGAGGCAGACCGUACCGUUAACAGCAUCCAACAGGACACUUCCAUGGGCUUGGAGGCAGACCGUACCGUAACCAGCAUCCAACAGGACACUUCCAUGGGCUUGGAGGCAGACCGUACCGUUAACCAGCAUCCAACAGGACACUUCCAUGGGCUUGGAGGCAGACCGUACCGUUAACCAGCAUCCAACAGGACACUUCCCAUGGGCUUGGAGGCAGACCGUACCGUUAACCAGCAUCCAACAGGACACUUCCAUGGGCUUGGAGGCAGACCGUACCGUUAACCAGCAUCCAACAGGACACUUCCAUGGGCUUGGAGGCAGACCGUACCGUUAACCAGCAUCCAACAGGACACUUCCAUGGGCUUGGAGGCAGACCGUUACCGUUAACCAGCAUCCAACAGGACACUUCCAUGGGCUUGGAGGCAGACCGUACCGUUAACCAGCAUCCAACAGGACACUUCCAUGGGCUUGGAGGCAGGACCGUACCGUUAACCAGCAUCCAACAGGACACUUCCAUGGGCUUGGAGGCAGACCGUACCGUUAACCAGCAUCCAACAGGACACUUCCAUGGGCUUGGAGGCAGACCGUACCGUUAACCAGCAUCCAACAGGACACUUCCAUGGGCUUGGAGACAGAGCAGCUGGAAGAGUGGGCCACGUCCAACAACAUGCUCCUGAAUGGGGGAAAAAGUCUGUGGAAAUUGGGAUAUGUUUUUCUAGAGACCCUCCUCAAACCUGAACCGGAAGUACCAGUGGAAACCACAACCAGGUAUCUCAUCUAGACUCUAACCUCAGUGGUGACACGUGGAGCAGGAGGACAGGAAGUACCAGUGGAAACCACAACCCAAGUAUCUCAUCUAGACUCUAACCUCAGUGGUGACACGUGGAGCAGGAGGACAGGAAGUACCAGUGGAAACCACAACCAGGUAUCUCAUCUAGACUCUAACCUCAGUGGUGACACGUGGAGCAGGAGGACAGGAAGUACCAGUGGAAACCACAACCAAGUAUCUCAUCUAGACUCUAACCUCAGUGGUGACACGUGGAGCAGGAGGACAGGAAGUACCAGUGGAAACCACAACCAAGUAUCUCAUCUAGACUCUAACCUCAGUGGUGACACGUGGAGCAGGAGGACAGGAAGUACCAGUGGAAACCACAACCAAGUAUCUCAUCUAGACUCUAACCUCAGUGGUGACACGUGGAGCAGUCGGUGACGAAGGCCUCAAAACGCCUGCACUUUUUGACUGUUCUUUCCCGUAUGAACCGCUUGCGGAACGCCACUAUUCCCACUGCUGUCAGACUGAAUAAUAACUCUUAAAUGGUUUUCCCAAAAAAAAAAAAUUUUUUACAAUCACACUUUAACAUUUCUAUUUCCAUCAUGAAAAAUGUCCUGUAAUGUUUCAAGUGUGCUGUGUUCUAUUCUGUCACGUAUUUAUGUGUUGUGGGUUUUAAAAUGAGUGUUUUGCUAUUCAUAGUCAUCUAAAUUCAGCAUUUCUUCAGUUUUAUCUGUGAGCAAGAAUACAUCAACUCAAACUCACACAGCUAUCAUCAAAGGCAGAGCUAGUAAGAGGGGGGGGGGCUGUGGGAUUUAUUUAAGAUAAUAUUUGAAGAGGUACGGUUUCAGAAGAACGAGAGGAGAGGAAGCCAUGCGGAGGGAGGGAGAGAGAGAGAGAAGGGAUUCAUAGUCAUCUAAAUUCAGCAUUUCUAAAGUAUUAUGUGUUAUGGAGGGGAGGGGACUCUGGGUUAGGGUUAGUUUGGGAGGAGGGGAGUCUGGGUUAGGGUUAGUUUGGGGGGAGGGGACUCUGGGUUAGGGUUAGUUUGGGGGGAGGGGAGUCUGGGUUAGGGUUAGUUUGGGGGGAGGGGACUCUGGGUUAGGGUUAGUUUGGGGGGGAGGGGACUAUGGGUGGGUUAGGUUGGGGGGGGGAUCUGGGGGGUAGUUGGGGGAGGGGACGUCUGGGUUAGGGUUAGUUUGGGGGGAGGGGAUCUGGGUUAGGGUUAGUUGGUUGGGGGGACUCUGGGUUAGGGUUAGUUUAGUUGGGGAGGGACUCUGGGUUAGGGUUAGUUUGGGGGGAGGGGGCUCUGGGUUAGGGUUAGUUGGGGGGAGGGGUAGUUGGGUUAGGUAGUUGGGGGGGGGAGUCUGGGUUAGGGUUAGUUUGGGGGGAGGGGAGGGGAGUUGGGUAGCGGUUGUUGGGGGGAGGGGAUUGGUUAGGGUUGUUUGAGGGGAGAGUCGGGUUAGGGUAGUUAGUUUGGGGGGAGGGGAGUCUGGGUUAGGGUUAGUUUGGGGGGAGGGGACUCUGGGUUAGGGUUAGUUUGGGGGGAGGGGAGUCGGGGUUAGGGUUAGUUUGGGGGAGGGGAGUCUGGGUUAGGUUGUGUGGGGGAGGGGACUUGGGUUAGGGUUAGUUUGGGGGGAGGGGAGUAUGGGUUAGGGUUAGUUUGGGGGGAGGGGAUUGGGUUAGGGUUAGUUGGGGGGAGGGACUCGGGUUAGGGUUAGUUUGGGGGGAGGGGGACUCUGGGUUAGGGUUAGUUUGGGGGGAGGGGAGAUCUGGGUUAGGGUUAGUUUGGGGGAGGGGAGUCUGGGUUAGGGUAGUUGGGGGGAGGGGACUCUGGGUUAGGGUUAGUUUGGGGGGAGGGAGGGGAUCUGGGUUAGGGUUAUGUUUGGGAGGGGGGGGACUCUGGGUUAGGGUUAGUUUGGGGGGAGGGGACUUGGGUUAGGGUUAGUUUGGGGGGAGGGAGGGGACUCUGGGUUAGGUUGUUUGGGUGAGAGGAUCUGGGUUAGGGUUAGUUUGGGGGGAGGGGACUCUGGGUUAGGUAGUUUGGGGGGAGGGGACUCUGGGUGUAGGGUUAGUUUGGGGGGGAGGGGACUCUGGGUUAGGGUUAGUUUGGGAGGGGGAGGGGACUUGGGUUAGGGUUAGUUUUGGGGGAGGGGACUGGGUUAGGGUUAGUUUGGGGGGAGGGGACUCUGGGUUAGGGUUAGUUUGGGGGGGAGGGGAGGAGGGGAUCUGGGUUAGGGUUAGUUUGGGGGGAGGGGACUCUGGGUUAGGGUUAGUUUGGGGGAGGGGACUCUGGGUUAGGGUUAGUUUGGGGGGAGGGGACUCUGGGUUAGGGUUAGUUUGGGAGGGGGAGGGGACUCUGGGUUAGGGUUAGUUUGGGAGGGGGAGGGGACUCUGGGUUAGGGUUAGUUUGGGGGGGAGGGGACUCUGGGUUAGGGUUAGUUUGGGGGGAGGGGACUCUGGGUUAGGGUUAGUUUGGGGGGGGGGAACGGGGUUAGGGUUAGUGGGGGGAGGGGACUCUGGGUUAGGGUAGUCGGGUGGGGGGAGGGGGAUGGGUUAGGGUUAGUUGGGGGGAGGGGACUCUGGGGUUAGGGUUAGUUUGGAGGGGGAGAGGGGACUCUGGGUUUGGGUUAGUUUGGGGGGGAGGGGAAUCUGGGUAGGGUUAGUUUGGGGGGAGGGGAGGGACUCUGGGUUAGGGUUAGUUUGGGUGGGAGAGGACUGGGGUUAGGGUAGGUGGGGUGGGGGGGGGCUCUGGGUUAGGGUUAGUUGGUGGGGGGAGGGGACUGGGUUAGGGUUAGUUUGGGGGGAGGGGAGGGCUCUGGGUUAGGGUUAGUUUGGGGGGGAGGGGAACGGGUUGGGUUAGGGUUAGUUUGGGAGGGGGAGGGGACUCUGGGUUAGGUUAGUUUGGGGGGAGGAGGGGACUCUGGGUUAUGGUUAGUUUGGGGGGGGGGAGGGGCUGGGUUAGGUUAGUUUGGGGAGGCGGGGUUGGGUUAGUUUGGGGGAGGGGACUCUGGGUUAGGGUUAGUUUGGGGGAGAGAGGACUCUGGGUUAGGGUUAGUUUGGGGGGGAGGGGGGCUCUGGGUUAGGGUAGUUUGGGGGAGGGGACUGGUUAGGUUAGUUUGGGGGGGAGGGGACUCUGGGUUAAGGGUUAGUUUGGGGGGAGGGGACUCUGGGUUAGGGUUAGUUUGGGGGGAGGGGGGGGACUCUGGGUUAGGUUUAGUUUGGGGGAGGAGGGACUCUGGGUUAGGGUUAGUUUGGGGGGAGGGGACUUGGGUUAGGGUAGUUUGGGGGGAGGGGAGUUGGGUUAGGGUUAGUUUGGGGGGAGGGGAGUCUGGGUUAGGGUUAGUUUGGGGGGAGGGGACUCUGGGUUAGGGUUAGUUUGGGGGGAGGGACUCUGGGUUAGGGUUAGUUUGGGAGGGGGAGGGGAUCUGGGUUAGGGUUAGUUUGGGGGGAGGGGGGACUCUGGGUUAGGGUUAGUUUGGGGGGGGAGGGGACUCUGGGUUAGGGUUAGUUUGGGGAGAGGGACUCUGGGUUAGGGUUAGUUUGGGGGGGGAGGGGCUCUGGGUUAGGUUGUUUGGGGGGAGGGGACUCUGGGUUAGGGUUAGUUUGGGGGGAGGGGACUCUGGGUUAGGGUUAGUUUGGAGGGGGAGGGGACUCUGGGUUAGGGUUAGUUGGGGGGAGGGGAAUCUGGGUAGGGUUAGUUGGGGGGAGGGGACUCUGGUGUAGAGGGUUAGUUUGGGGGGAGGGGAGGGACUCUGGGUUAGGGUUAGUUGGGUGAGAGGGACUGGGUAGGGUAGUUUGGGGGGGGCGGAGUCUGGGUAGGAGGGUUAGUUGGGGGGAGGGGACUCUGGGUUAGGGUUAGUUUGGGGGGGAGGGGGAUCUGGGUUAGGGUUAGUUUGGCGGGAGGGGAUUGGGUUAGGGUUAGUUUGGGGGGGGGGGGACUCGGGUUAGGGUUAGUUUGGGGGGAGGGGACUUGGGUUAUGGGUUGGGGGGGGGAGGGGGACUCUGGGUUAGGGUUAGUUUGGGGGUGAGGGACUCUGGGUUAGGGUUAGUUUGGGGGGGAGGGGACUCUGGGGUUAGGGUUAGUUUGGGGGGGAGGGGGACUCUGGGUUGGGUUAGUUUGGGGGGGAGGGGGACUCUGGGUUAGGUUAGUUUGGGGGGGGAGGGGACUCGGGUUAGGGUUAGUUUGGGGGGAGGGAGACUUGGGGGGGGGGGGUUAGGUUUAGUUUGGGUGGGAGGACUCUGGGUUAGGGUUAGUUUGGGGGGGAGAGGGACUCUGGGUUAGGGUUAGUUUGGGGGGGGGGGACUCUGGGUUAGGGUUAGUUUGGGGGGAGAGGACUCUGGGUUAGGGUUAGUUUGGGGAGGGGACUCUGGGUUAGGGUUAGUUUGGGGGGGAGGGGACUCUGGGUUAGGGUUAGUUUGGGGGGGGAGGGGAGUCUGGGUUAGGGUUAGUUUGGGGGGAGGGGACUCUGUGGUUAGGUUAGUUUGGGGGGGGGAGGGGACUCUGGGUUAGGGUUAGUUGGGUGAGAGGACUCUGGGUUAGGGUUAGUUUGGUGCGGGGGGGCUCUGGGGUUAGGGUUCGUUUGGUGGGAGGGGACUCUGGGUUAUGGGUUAGUUUUGGGGGCGAGGGGGACUCUGUGGUUAGGGUUAGUUUGGGGGGGGUGACUUCUGGGUUGUUAGGUGUUAGUUUUGGGGAUGGGGGGAGGUGACUCUGUGUUAUGGUUUCGUUUGGGCGGAGGGGGACUCUGGGUUAUUGUUAGCGUUUGGGGGGAGGGGAGGGGGACUCUGGGUUAGGGUUUAGUUUGGUGAGGAGAGGACCCUCUGGGUUAGGGUUUAUUAGUUUGGGGGGAGGGGGACUCUGGGGUUAGGGUUAGUUUGGGGGUGAGGGGAUCUGGUUUCUGGGUUACUGGUUAAUUUUGGGGGGGGGCGGUGACUUCGGGUUAAGGUUAGUUUGGGGGGGGAAGGGGACUCUGGGUUAUGGUUGGUUUGUUCGGGGGAGGGGAGGGGGACUCUGGGUUAGGUUUGUUUGGGUGAGAUGGACGCUGGGUUAGUGGUUUAGUUUGGGGGGGAGGUGACUCUGUGUUAGGGUUAGUUCUGGGGGGAGGGGGACUCUGGGUUAGGGUUAGUUUGGGAGGGGGAGGGGAGUCUGGGUUAGGGUUAGUUGGGGGGAGGGAUCUGGGUUAGGGUUAGUUUGGGGGGAGGGGGACCAUGGGUUAGGGUUAGUUUGGUGAGGGGGGAGGGACUCUGGGUUAGGGUUAGUUGGGGGGAGAGGACUCUGGGUUAGGUUAGUUUGGGGGGGGGGAUCUGGGUUAGGGUAGUUUGGGGGAGGGACUCGGGUAAGGGUUAGUUUGGGGGAGGGGACUCUGGGUUAGGGUAGUUUGGGGGGAGAGGACUCUGGGUUAGGGUUAGUUUGGGGGAGGGCCUCUGGGUUAGGGUUAGUUUGGGGGGAGGGUUACUCUGGGUUAGGGUUAGUUGGGGGGAGGGGACUGGGUUAGGGUUAGUUUGGGUGAGAGGGACUCUGGGUUAGGUUUGUAGUUUGGGUCAGAGGACCUCUCUAGGGUUAGUUGGGGGGCAGGGGACUGGGUUAGGGUUAGUUUGUGCAGGCAGAACGGAACUCUGCAAUUAAAUAUUGGAGGGAGGGACUCUGAAUUUGACGUUUGUCUAAUGGAGGAACAUGCCUAUUAGAUGGGGCUGACAUAUAGAUGUUUAAAGAACGUUUCAGAAGAGAGAAUGUGUACAAUAGGGGGAAACUCUGUUGUAGGUCAGAAUUUAGUUUUUAACACAACGGAUUCAUCAUAAGUACCUGCCGAUCUUAACUGACUUCUAACCUUUUCUCUGAAUUAGUUUCACCUCUGGUUUAAGAUAGUUCGGGGUCUGUAGAACUUUGGGGUCUUGAGAAGCCUAGUCUAGUUAGCACAAAAAACUCUGGCCUCUGAUUAACUCUCACCUCCCAUCCUCCUCCUGCUCUUCUCCUCUCUCUCUCUCUCUCUCUCCUCCCUCCACCGAUCUGCCCAUCUCUCUCUGUAGAAACCUUUGAGUCUCUGAUGAAGGCAUCGAGAAACCCACCAACUGGUCCUUAGUAGUAAAGUCUAUACCUCCCUGGCAGGUUAUUCGUAUCGUAACAUGGCCGGGGAGGCGUCAGGUCUGGUGAGAGAGUUGUUCACUGACGUCGGCCUCUUCCUCCUUGGCUCCGAACUCAACGUUGAUUACAUCACCAGCCGCUUCUUCGACGCUCUCUUCCCGUUGGUUUACAACCACCUCAUCAACCCCAGCCUCAGCCACAUCACCCCCGGUUACGCCGAGUGCAUCCGCUCCGCCCGCCGUGAUUUGACCCCGUUCGGCGCCGCUCCGCGAGUCCUAGCCAAUCAGAUCGGGAGGUCGGGGGUCGUCGGGGGUCGUGUCUUGUUACAGGCGCUGCACCUCGGCGUGGAGGUGAUCAACACCACGGAUCACCUGGUGUUGAGCAGGGAGUGUGGUAGAGCUCUGCUCAGGAUGCGGUACUGUCCCCACUGCCACGGUCUCACCCUGUCUAAACCCUGUAUGGGCUACUGUCUCAACGUGUUGCGUGGCUGUCUGGCUAGCACGGCCGAGGUAACCCAUCAUAACCUUCUUCUGCUUGCAUGUGAUUUUAUUCAUCCCUUUUUAUUAUUGCUUAUUGUUUACUUUGAUCGUUUUUACUGUAAAGUUGCGAUAAAAAAAAAAGGGGGUUCUAAAUAAAGUUUUGAUUUUGAUUUGAGGUGGACCCCCAUUGGAGAGAAUUUGUGAGGUCGUUAGAGGGGCUGUCGGACCGCAUGCACAGAACUCAGGACCUGGAGCAAGUGCUGCUGGGAGUUCACACCCUCGUCCAUGACGCCGUCGCACAUGCUCAGAUGAACGGGCCGCACCUCGCUGCACAGGUGAGGUGUUGUUGACGUCCCCCGUUGGAUUGUCACUGUCAGGAUAAUGUUCAGAGUGCAUUUUAGAAAUGUGCACCAGACUAAGUGAAUGACAUCCUUAUGAAACAAACCAGUCCUUUAGAAACUGAUGAAGGAGCAAGAAACACCAUUUUCUCAGAGAGACAAACAGAAAGUUCCAAUACUGAACAGAGGUUUAAAGACCGAACCAACCUCUCCAUUCCAGCUGCUACCAGUCUGUCACCCAGGAAUGUACUACACACACACACACACACACACCCACACACACACACACACACACACACACCCACAUGGUACAUACCACACAACAACAGCGUGCCCAGAACAUUCCCAGAAUACACCAUUGUGGGCAGCGAGAGCCAGCAGAGGGGUUGGUGUGUGUAUGUGGCCAGAAGAGGUUGUCCAGAAUGCUAACCAGAGACAGACCAGAGACAGACCAGAGACAGACCAGAGACAGACCAGAGACAGACCAGAGACAGACCAGAGAGAGGCCGUUAGCUCAUCAGAAGAGGUUGUCCAGAAUGCUAACCAGAGACAGACCAGAGAGAGGCCGUUAGCUCAUCAGAAGAGGUUGUCCAGAAUGCUAACCAGAGACAGACCAGAGAGAGGCCGUUAG